CUCAAGUCACAAGUAUGGAAACUGGUGAUGCUGUGGAUAAUAUUUCACAGACGAUUCUCCCGCCGUAUGCAUUUUAUGGAUGGGGACCACAAGUUGGGCCAACAAUUUUUUUAACUGAUAAUUCUAAUUCUAAGCGUAACGCUUUAAAAACAUGCUGGCUAGAAGGCUAUACUACCCAGAAUAAGUCGUUCUAUAUAUCAUUAUAUGCACGGCCUAUGCUAAGAAAUCAAGAAAUUUUAUACACUAGAGAUAAAGUGGAAUCAUCAAGAACUGAAUGGAAAGAACCUAAAGUACUGAACGAAGAAAGUGAAGACACCAUGAAAAUCAAUAAUUCCAAUUUUACUUCGUUUUUGGAAGAGGUUCGAUCAGAUUAUCAAAAUGCUGACCAACUGUUGAAAAUUGCACUAGAUAAGUUUAAGGAUCGUUACAAUUCAGCAAAAUCAAAAUCUGUUUUAUGA